CUGUUGGCACCAUCGUUACGUCACUUACAUGCGACGGAUGUUCUCCCACAACGUGUUGAAGAAAGAUUCACGUGUGUGUUCCUUAAGCUUACAGCGUACGAGCAGAACGUUGAUCAAAAGCAGAUUCGCCGGUGUCUGUGUAGCUUGGAGUCAUGGGUCGCAAGUUGGAUCCCACCAACAAGGUGAAGAGAGGACCAGGGAGAAAAUCCAGGAAGCAGAAAGGAGCGGAGACUGAGUUGGCCAAUUUUAUAACUGAUGAGGAACCUGCACCAAAACGCUUGUCAAGUAGAGGCAGGAAAAGAGCUGCAAAAAGAGUCCAGAGUGUGAAAAAGCCUAAAGAUGCUGCGGCCGAGGAACAGCCCAAGAAAGGAUUCACUGAUGAGAACAGUAAAUGGUUGAAACCGUCAACGAGGAAGAGAAAAAUUGGUGAACCUGAAAGUGAUGAUGACAGUGAUGAACACUGGGAGGAAGAAGAGGAUGAGGAGGAGGAACAGCCAAAGAAGGGAGCAAAAGACCUAGGAAAAAAGAGUGCUAAAUUAGGAAUUAAAGAAGUGGAGGAAGAGGAGAACGACGACGAUGAUGAUGAGGAGGACGACGAUGAACUGGUUGACGACUACGGGGCACUUGAUGACGCCAGUGACGAGGACGAACUUCUUCCCAUUGAGCGUGCAGCCAAGAAAGCGAAAAAGAAGGAAACUAUGUCUCAAGAGGAGGAGGAGGAUGAUGAUGAUGAUGAGGAAGACGACGACGAUCAAGAUGGUGGUGAUCAGGAAAAGAAAUCCGACGCUGACACAGAUGAGGAAGACGCAGUACAAGCCAACAUGGAUGAGAUGGAUGAAUUCAAGUUACCUGAUGCAGAGGAAACCGAGAAGGAAGGCAUCAUCCCCCUGGACCUGAAGACAAUCUAUCAAAGAAUUAAGGACAACAUUGACGUCCUUUGUAACUUCUCAGCAAAAAGGGAAGAAGGGAAACCAAGAUCAGCGUACCUCUCUCUUCUGAAGAAGGAUCUCUGUACUUAUUACAGCUACAACCACUUCCUCCUUGAGAAAUUAAUGGACCUCUUCCCUCUCUCAGAGCUGGUGGAAUUCCUUGAGGCCAAUGAAAUUCAGAGACCUGUAACUAUUCGGACCAACACGCUGAAAACGAGGAGGAGGGAUCUUGCCCAGGCCUUGAUCAGCAGAGGAGUGAACCUUGAUCCACUGGGAAAAUGGUCUAAAGUUGGUUUGGUCAUCUAUGACUCCUCAGUACCCGUUGGUGCAACCCCUGAGUAUCUGUCGGGUCAGUAUAUGCUGCAAGGAGCCUCCAGUUUUCUGCCUGUAAUGGCGCUCUCGCCACAGGAGGGAGAGCUGGUGUUGGACAUGAGCUCUGCUCCAGGCGGCAAGACCACCUAUAUUGCUCAGCUGAUGAGAAACACUGGAAUGAUUGUGGCUAAUGACGCCAACGCUGACAGACUGAAAAGCGUCGUGGGAAACGUCCACCGUCUGGGGGUCACCAACACGAUUAUCUGCAACUAUGAUGGCAGGCAAAUCCGGAAGGUGAUGGGUGGGUUCGACAGAGUGCUGCUUGAUGCUCCUUGCUCAGGCACGGGAGUCAUCGCUAAAGAUCCCGCAGUGAAGACCAGCAAGGACGAGGCUGACAUCCUGCGGUCUGCUCACUUGCAGAAGGAACUAAUUCUGUCGGCCAUUGACUGUGUCGAUGCGGAGUCCUCUUCAGGAGGAUACUUGGUCUACUGCACAUGUUCAAUAUUGGUGGAGGAGAACGAAUGGGUGGUGGACUACGCUUUAAAGAAAAGAAACGUCAAAUUGGUUCCCAUUGGACUUGACUUUGGCAAGGAAGGCUUCACCAGGUUCAAAGAACGUAGAUUCCAUCCUACGAUGCGCCUCACUCGGCGAUUUUACCCUCAUUCCCACAAUAUGGAUGGUUUUUUCGUUGCCAAGCUGAAGAAAUUCUCCAAUGUGAUUCCAACUCUGUCUCCAACUACAGAAGAAGGAGAUCCAGAUGCUCCUGAGGCGACAGCUGUGACCGACUCCUCUGAUGAUGAGAAACCAUCCAAAAGUAACAAGACAAAGAAGAUCGUCUCUGGCAAGGCCAGUGACCCACAGAGAAAAACACAAGCCAAUGGAACAGCUGCCAAGAAAAGCGCAAACACAAAGGCGAAAGGCAAAAAAAACUCACCGGCUGGUCCAAAAAAGGCAAAGAUUGCCAAGAUGGAUGGAGAGACUGUGCCAGGAAAGGCGGACAAGAAGCCUGCAGUGAAGACGGCUGGUGACACUAAAGCAUCAAAGGCCGACAAAAAGGAGGGAAGCAGAUUUGAGAAAAAGAAGGGAAAAAAACAAAAAUCACCCAACAAAGCAAAGAGAAUGGGAAAGAAUAAAUUCCAAAAGUUGAAGAAAAUGUUGGAAAAAGCAGACUUGGAGUGAAGGUGUGGACAGAGUAAUUAAUUGUAUCUUUGUAGAGCCCCCUUGCGUACCCAGAUGCCUUCAUCUCUUAAAUGUGUGCUGUUACCAUUUUGAAGUGGCAAUACUGUACUGUGUCAGCCAGAUGUGAUUCCAAGGCCCGUGUACAGGUAACUAAUCCUGAUAUCGAUGCUCACUUAAGUUGGACGUUCCCCUUUUUUAUAUGUAUUCCAGAAUAUUCAUAAUGUUUGUCUGUUGAUUUAAUUGCAGAGUGGGACAACAUCCAUAAUAUGUAUGAAUCUGUGAUGCAUAAUAAAUCUUUUAAGAUACCUUGGUGA